CGGGAGACCAAGGACAAGGAGCUGCACCAGGACAUGGAGAUCCUCAGCCAGACCUUCUCCCGGGUGAUGGACUGCAAGGACAACGUCAUCAAGUCCUUGGUCAGAGACCUGGAGGAGGCGGAGGAGCAGCACGGCCGGGCUCUGCGCAGUCACCUGCACAACACGGACCGGCUGCUCCAGCUCCAGCGCUGCCGCCUGAGGUGCCUGGAGGAGGGGUACAGCGCCCAGCUCCAGGCUCUGGUGACUGAAUUUGAAGCUGAAAGGAGGAUCAUCCUGGAGCAACACGAGCGAGAAAGCUGCUACCUGCAACACGUGGCGUUGGCCAUGGAGCAAAAUUACACUGAGAAGGACCAUGAGGCCACAUUGAAUUUCCAGAGUGCUUGGAAUGACAUCAGAAACAAGAGCAUGCUGGAGGAGCAGUACAGCCGCAUGGAGCUGGGUGGGAAGGUGGAGAUGCUCUGGAGACAGUUCCAACGGGCCAUACAGAGCUACUCAGAGGCCACCGAGCACCAGAAGAUCACUUACGAGGCGCUGAAGCAGAAGGACAAGAAGAGCUCCAGGGAAAUAGAGACACAGGCAAAGAGGCUGCAAAAGCUCCAGGAUUUGAUCACAGCCACCAAGGGCCGGAUGGCAGCUCACCUCCGGGUGGGUGAGGAGCAGAACCGGCGCACGCGGGAGGAGAAGGAAAAGGUCCUGAGGCAGCUCCAGGAGCUCAAGAGUGAGAUGAACCAGGCCAGGGCGAAGGCCCACAGCAGCCUGGUCAGGCUCACGGUGCAGAGUGGUGCUGCCCUGAAGGUGCUGAGGCGGGUGGUGAAGAAG